UUUUACAAGGACUUAAAAAAAAAAAAAAAAAAACAAAGGACUCUCAUAUUAUAAGUGAAGGGGAAUGGAAACCCCUCUGUGCAACGGAGAUACAAGGCAUCAAGAAGAUGAAAAGGAAAAGCAGAGAUGCGUUGAAACAUUCAAACAGCGGUAAAGGUUUUAGACAGGACCCACAAAUGGAUGAGCAUGUGUUAAGUGGACUGACAGAAAGGACCGGGAGAAACUUGCAUCACGAAACUGUACGGGAGAGAGCUGUUGCUGGCAUAGAUAAUGUAAUCGACCUCAGGAGAAACCCAAACACUAUUACUAAUAUGAGGGCUGCAAAUUUAUCCGCUUUGACUGGACAGCUUGCUGCUGCCGCCGCCGCCGCUUCUGUAUCAGCCGCGUCCACAACUAAAGAACAAUUUCCCAGGUCGGUACAAGUCACCGAGUUUGAACAUCAGCAGUCUUUGCAGUCGAGGAUUGUGUUGUGUCAGCGUCCUCCAGAAAUUCCGUACUCUUCAGUUUCACAGGUAGCGCACUCGUACAUAAGUAAUAGUAGCGACCCCACCGCAUCGCCUAGGAAACGGCUGCUUGAAACUGCUGGCGUCGGCACUGAGAUCAAAGCUAUGCAGCAGACAAGAAGACUGCUGGCUAAUGCCCGAGAGAGGACCAGAGUGCAUACCAUCAGUGCCGCAUUUGAGGCCCUUAGGAAACAGGUUCCUUGUUAUUCCUAUGGUCAGAAAUUGUCCAAGCUGGCCAUUCUGAGAAUAGCCUGCAACUACAUCCUCUCCUUAGCCCAGCUUGCUGAUCUUGACUACACUUCAGAUCACAGCAACACAAGCUUCUCAGAAUGUGUGGAGCUGUGCACGAGAACCCUGCAGGCAGAGGGCAGGUCCAAGAAAAGAAAGGAGUAGCACAGAGGAAGACAGCAAGUCUAUGGAACUUCAAACAGAACUGGGUCCCGGACAGUCUUGGCAACAACUUUCUCUUUUUUAAUGACUAAAGACUUCAUUUAAAUUUACACAAGACAGCACUAUGCAGAGACCUUCUUCGCAAACUGUAAGAAGACUCGUUAAUUCUGUAGAAAAGAAAGCUAUACUUGGUAGACAUUGGCAAUGUUAUUACAGCACUUUCCUUUUUCUUUUUUUUUUGCUAAGCUAUAAUAGGAGCUAAAUGUUUGUGGUGGUAUUUCUGAGACAAUCAUGUUUUUUUACACAGAGACAUUGUUGUGUAUACUCUUUCAAUAGAUCAUACAACAACUUUUAAUUAAGAGAAAUAUCCCACAUAAAAGUAUACAGAGAUGUAUGUAAGGACAGUUUGUUUUUUUUGUUUUUUUUUACAGCUGACAGUUUUGUCUAAUUGUCCUUAGUCUACUGAAUCUAUGAAUCUGUUGGAACAUAUGUUAUUAUCCCCUGCUUUUUAAUCUAUAUGCUUUUAAUAGCGUAGCAGGUUGUGUUAGAUAUUCCUUGAGUUAAUUUCAUUCACUUUGUUGAGAGAUUCCCUGGAGGUAAAGCAUCAACUGGGGGGAAGCACUUAGCUAUGGAUAUCUGCAGAUUGAAGCUCAUAUAGCAUGUCCCACUGAAUAUGAUGUGCAAAUUCAAAAACUAUUUGAGAGGUUUUUGUUUUACUCUUCUAUUAGCAUCGAAAUAAUAGUUAUGGGGAACUGCAAAAGAAGUACUAGGGAAAAUAAAUAUGAAGUGUUGAAAAACCA